CCUCGCUGUCAUCGAGUCAUCUCAUUAUAUUUGAAUAAUAAUUAAACAUUUUGUGCAAUAUUUUUCUCAAACUAUUUAAUUUGUUAAAAUUAUUGCACUCAACCCAUGUAGAAUGUUCUUUAUUUAAUUCGAACUACGAUUAGUUUAUCUUAGCUCAAUAUGCAAUUUUUCAAUUGUGCAAUACAGCAUGUUAUAUGUUACAAUUUAAUGUUUAUUAAGCACAGCUGUAAUUCGGACAAUAAUAAAACGAGUCUUCUACGACAUCAAAUAUAGCUGGAAUGUGAUGAAUACAUGAAAGAUGAAUAAUAACAGAAAUAGUACUAUGGAUUCCAUAUUUUUGCCACACACAUCGUCCAAUGGUGUUCCCCAAGAGUCAAAAUUGGCUACAUACAUGAAUCACUCCACAUCAACACCUACACAAGGACUUGCACAGGCCAUGUCAAAAGUCAAUUUGGAAUCUCCACUGCCAGUGAAAAAAGUUACACCUCAGUCUCCAGAAUUUAUUCCUGGAAACUCGCAUAUUGUUUCAUCAGUAUCGUCUAGUAGCAGUCAGCAGUCUUCCAGUUUAUUUACAUAUUCUGCUGGUAGUGAGUCUCCUCUUUCUGGUCGAUUGUCAUAUGGACCGCGUGGUGAUUCGCCUCUAGGUAGAAAUGUGACUGCAGGUGUUUCUCCACGUCUUUCACCACAAGAUGUUUCUCCACCACUCUCAGCAAGUGUACAUCAGGAAAAUGUUGGUGGUACAACAUAUUUUUACCAUGCUUCUGCCGGCGCAGAGCCCUUGAAUGGUUCAGCAGGUUAUAAUGGGUUGAAUAACUCUUAUAUAUCAAAUUCGGGAAAUGUAAGCGGGACUCAAGGAUCUGGCCCGUUAAACUAUUCAGUUUAUAAUGGACCUUCUUCCAAUGUAGCUAGCAUACGUCCCAACUCAGCACUCUCAGCAGCUUUUUUUAUGCCUGAAGAACUGAGACAAGAUCUCAUAGCAAUGCAACAGGAUGAAAUACUUUGCAAUGCAGGAGAAUGCAAUUUGCCAAUGGAGGUUGAUAAUUAUCAUUCUCUAACACCUCUUGAAUCACCUGUAACAUCAUUAAUUGGGCACAAAGGGUCAAUGCCUGCUUCCACUUACCGGGCUGUAAAUACUACCACUGGAGUCAGAUACUGUUUACGUCGAUUACAUGGCUGCAGGUUACCGAGUACAAAAUGCAUGGUUGUUGUAGAUAUGUGGAAGAAGAUUGAGCACUCAAAUAUUGUGCAACUAAGAGAGGUUUUUACUACAAAAGCAUUUGGUGAUAAUUCUAUGUUAUUCGUGUAUGACUACCAUACUAACGCCCAAACAUUGCUGAGUAAAUAUUUUCCAUCUAUGCCACCCCUUGGUGAGCAGAGUGGUAGUUACACGGACCCCUUUCCGCCUGGAGAUGCUCGUCCGUACUCUCAUAAGUCUCGAGAAGCGUUACGGGCGCAGGCCGCUGCGGCGCAGGCUGCUGCUUCCGGCCAUUUGAUGCUACCUGAAACUGAGAUUUGGGCCAUAGUUAUGCAGCUUACUGCUGCGCUUCGUAUAAUACACAGCGCCAAUCUUGCUUGCAGGACAUUAGAUCCAACAAAAAUAAUAGUGUGUGGCAAGCGAGUGAGGCUUAGCUUUCUCGGUAUUUCAGACAUAUUGUCAUUUGAUGCUAGCAAUACAAAUAAUAUGGCAUUGAUCAACCAUUAUCAGCAGGAUGAUUUAACGGCUCUCGGAAAGUUGGUUUUGGCAUUGGCUCGGGGUUCGUUAUCAGCUGUUCAAGUUGAUCAGAUACAGAAUAGUGUUGAAAUUAUUUCUCGCAUUUACUCCAAUGAUCUGCGGAAUCUCAUCAUAUAUCUUUUAUCACAACAACAGAGACGUACAGUAACUGAUUUAAUGCCAAUGAUUGGCGCACGCUUCUAUACUCAACUGGACGCAUUACAAGCUCGCUCAGAUGUAUUGGAAGAUCAUUUGGCACGAGAAAUGGAAAAUGGAAGAUUAUAUCGACUUUUAGUCAAAUUAGGAACUAUUAAUGAAAGACCUGAGCUUCAAAUGGAUACUACAUGGUCUGAAACUGGAGAUAGAUAUAUGCUUAAAUUAUUUCGAGAUUUUUUAUUUCAUUCUGUAACUGAUGAUGGCAGACCUUGGAUUGAUCAAGCUCACAUAGUGAGCUGUCUGAAUAAACUUGAUAGUGGAGUUAAUGAGAAGAUACAGCUGAUGUCUAGAGAUGAACAAAGUGUACUAGUAGUUACUUACGGUGAACUCAAACACUGUCUAGAACAGGCAUUUGAGGAAAUCGUAAUUGCAGCUUCAUAAAACUAUGAUAAAUCUGAGUUAUAUUUUUAAUAUCAAAUAAAUUAUAGGUUUAUCACUAAAGAAAACAAAAAAGAGUUGUCUAUAAUAUGACAUACCAAUUUGAUUGCACUUUAUAUAUAUCAGAACAUUCAGUAAAAAAAAUGUUAAGUAAAAUUUUUCGCCAAAUGAUUUAAUUUAUUUGAUCAUCUUUCAUAAUUUUGGUAAUUGAU